UUGUGGUCGCUGGCAUAAACGUUGUCGUCAGAUGUCUACUUCGUUCGCUAGCAGUACUUAGUUUUGAUUGUACGUAAAAGUGGUUGGGGUUGUGGUUUUUCAAAAAAUCCCAAUCACACAUACGACCAACCGAUCAACCACCACCACUCACUGCAAGAAGUACGUUUGAACAUAGUACUAGUAUUUAUUAGUUAACAGCGCUGUUUAACGUUGUCGUAGAAAAAAACUAAAGGAGCUGCUGCUAGUGGCGCUGCUAUCGCCCAACUUUAACUCAAAUAGACAAACGAUUACAAACUGAUCACCAAAACUAAGUUGCUGUUCGUUAUUCGACAACAACAACUCAUUGCGAUCAGCCGAGACAGACGGACAAUGAAAUUUUAAAAGAGUUAACACUAAAAACUGUAAAACACUUUUAUCGAAAAGUGUAUGAAAAUUAAAAUUAAUUUUAUUGCUAAAUUUAAAAAUAAAUUAAGGAAAAACUGCAUAACAAAUGUUUAAGGCCGUAACAAAGAAACAUUAACAUCUUUAAGAAAACAACAAGAAAUAAAAAAACUGUCAAAAUACCACAAAAAUUAAAUAUUCAAAACUAAACAAAAUAUCAUUAAAAAAAUAACAUUCCAAAAUAUAAACAAAACAUAAAACGAACAAAAAAAAACGUUUAAAGAAAAUAAUACUAUAUAUUAAAUAGUAGUAGUGAUCGUAAAUGUGUGACCAUAAACAUUUAAAUAUAAACGUGAGUGGUAAUUGUUGCUGUGGUUGCUGUUGCUGCUGCUGCUGCCAACACUGUUGCUGUUGUUGAAAGAUUGUAACCGAUCAUCGGGCUAAAUAUGCGUUCAUAUCAACGCGGUUUCUUUUGUGCCGACCUGACCAUACGCUAUCCAUAUCAUGAAUGUACAAUAACCGUACCCAUGCUAUUGGUAUGCAUGCUACUGCUGCCCAUGUUGUUUCUCAGCGUAGUGGAGAUCAUGCGAUUGUGCCAUAAUUUUCGCAUGCGCCAAUAUCUGCGCAAUGUUACCUUUAGUUUGGGUUGUUUUAGUUUUGGUUUCAUAGCUACUUAUCUGUCAACGGAGUUGGCAAAAAAUGUUGUCAGACGUUUAAGGCCCCACUUCUAUACGGCCUGUCGUCCGCAGCUUAAUGAUGGUUCUACCUGUGAGGAUGUCAAAAAUCGCAAUCUCUUUGUAGAGCAAUAUUACUGUUCAAAUCGUAAUCUAAGCGCUUUACAGUUAAGAGAGUUGUAUGUAUCAUUUCCCAGUGCCCAUUCAUCGCUGUCAUUUUAUGCCAUGUUAUUUUUGGCCUUUUAUUUACAUGCCAUAUGGCGCGGUGGUCGCGGCAUACAGCGUGUCUUACGUCAUCUAUUGCAGUUUCUAUUUCUCUCGAUGGCCUGGUUUAUUUCGCUCAGUCGUGUGGCUGACUAUUGGCAUCACUGGUCGGACGUGUUGGCCGGAGCGGUAAUGGGUAUCAUUUAUGCCACACUAACCGCCUUAUAUGUGGGUAGAUUUUUACAACUAUAUUCUCACACAAAUAAAAUCGCCAGUUCUCUGCCUCAUGGUAAUUGCAACUUUAACUUGCAACAUUGUACAACGGCCGGAGGUCGUGGAGUUGUAUCCAACAAUUUAAAAUCAAAUUUAAAAAAAUCAUCACUUAUACAUGUACCCUCGAGUGUUAGUUUCAGUCAGACUCUACAACAAAUGCAGUUGCAACAGACUGAAGAUCAAACCUGUAACUCGACUACAGCUUUAUCAUCAUCAUCAUCAUCACCAUUACAGGCAUCGUUGGUAGCCGCCAAAGAGCAUCUUAUACGUAAUGAAUCUAAUGAAUGUGUAUGGAAAUCGGGAACAUAGUGUGGAAUCAGCAGAAAUACAAACAAAAAAACGUAUAAAGUUACUUUGUCUGUUAUUGCAUUCAACUCAUUUUUUUGUUUAAGUCCAUUAUUUAUUUAUUGUUGUUACUUCUAGUGAUGAUGCUGCUGCUGCUGUAGAAAAAUAUUCUUGUGGAUUUAGUUCUUUAUUUUUUUUUUCAUUGCGACUUUUUUUAUAUGCCAAUAAUUAUUGUAAUUGAGAAAUUAUUAUGAUGUGUAUUGAAAUGUGAUAACCUUUUUUAUUUUGUAUUUUUCUAUCUUUAUAUUUAUUUAUAAGUAUCUGUUUUCCCAAAAAGACAGUAGAGAUUAAAAUUAUGGCAUAAUUUUAACAAUUAAGCAUACGAUCACUGGAAGUACUUUUUCAUAGAAAAGUUCUUUAUAAUAUGAAUAACUUUCUAUUGAAAAUUAUUCACAAUAUGAAUAACUUUUCCGUAGAAAAGUUCUUCAUAAUAUGAACAACUUUUCAAUAGAAAAGUUCAACAUAAUAUGAAUAACUUUUUUAUAGAACAACUUUUCUAUAGAAAAGUUCUUCACAAUAUGAACAGCUUUUCUAUAG